AUAGCGCGACGACGUGACUGCUGUUCGAAAGGAUGCCCCACGCCGCGCUUCAGAGGCGUACCAUCUUGUCAAACGAUGGGCUCAAGGACUUUCGGCUCUUGGCUCCUCCGGAUUGGCACCCCAUGCUUGUUUGGCCGUCGCUGUCACAGCGCAUCUAUCAUUUCCUCCACUCGCCGCUGCACGAUCUCCGGCAGGUCCGGGUCUUGCUCGCUAGUCGAAAUAGCACAAUUUCGGCUCUCGGAUCUCGACUUCCUUCUGCCUGAACCUUUUUGUCGCCCCCUCUCUACCACUUGCUCCGGUCUGCGCCAUAUACACUGUUUCACCUUCCCUCUUCUCCUAACACCUCACCCAUCAUGACCACAUCGCAACCGCAGCUCACCGUACAUCACCUGCAGCGCGGCCAGUCGGAGCGCAUCCUCUGGCUUCUCGAGGAGCUCUCUUUAUCCUAUCACCUCGUCAUUCACAAGCGUGCCCCGCUUCUCGCCCCCGAAUCACUCAAAGCCGUCUCAUCGCAAGGUGUUGCUCCCGUCCUAGUUGACGGCGACUUGACUCUCAGCGAGAGCAUGGCGAUCGCGACGUGGAUCCUCAACAAGCACGCACCUGCAAAUCCACAAAGCGCAGCUGUUGCCUCCUCCCUCGUGCCAGGACCGGACAGUCCCAACUAUGCGCCUUACCUGUACUGGCUCUACUUCAUCCUCACGAGCGUCCAGCCCGCGCAAUCUUGCUGCAUGAUGGCCUACUUUGACCAGAACCUCACAGACAAGCCCGACUCAAUUGCCAAGGCAGCCCCCCGAGGCAGGCUGCAAAAGUUCCUAGGCAUGCUAGAGGAGCGACUGGCAUCUUCCCCUUACUUGGCGGGCGAGGAGUUUACCUUGGCAGAUCUCAUGGCCCUCUGGCCGUUGGCGGGAGCGAGAACCUUCAUUCCGUAUAGUCUGGCAAGAUACCCAAAGGUGCUGGCGUACGUGCAGAAGGUGGCUGCUAGGCCUGCUUAUAGGAAGGCGAUGCAGAAGGGAGAUGAAGGGCUGCCGAUUCUGGAUGGCGCUGAGCCGGUCGAGAGGAAGGCGCACUUCUGAUGAGGUGAUCAGAGGGAGAGCCAGGCAAGUAGAGCGCAGCCGAAGACGUGGACAUGAGAAUGAGAUAUGAGAUAUUCUGAGAAUACAACAAGAGUGGAGAAGAUGUCAUAGACGCGCGAGCUCGGUCCUUCUCGUCGUCGCCAAGCCCGCUUGACGAGGGAGGAGGCGGGGGUGACGGGUGCGUCUAAUCCGGAUGA